GAGAGAAAUAGGUGUUUGAAUGAGAUUAAACAGCGCCGCUCUUCAUCUUCUUCUCAAAUCCUCCUCUCCUCCUAGGGUUUUCUCUUCCACUCUCCGCCGCCCUUUUCUCUCUCACCUCCGCUUCUCUUCCUCCGCCGCAGUCAUGCCUGGUUCCGAACCAUCGUCGGAGGUUAUUCAAUGGCCUGCCAAGACCGUCAGGGAUACGUAUCUCGAUUUCUUCAAAGGGAAAGGUCACAAGUUCUGGCCGUCAAGCCCCGUUGUUCCCCACAACGAUCCCACUCUCCUCUUCGCUAACGCAGGGAUGAACCAGUACAAGCCUAUAUUUCUGGGAACGGCUGAUCCGAAUACGGAGCUUAGCAAGUUAACUCGGGCGUGUAACACACAGAAGUGUAUUCGUGCUGGUGGGAAGCAUAAUGAUCUUGACGAUGUGGGGAAAGAUACUUACCAUCACACCUUCUUUGAGAUGCUCGGUAACUGGUCAUUUGGUGAUUAUUUCAAGAAAGAAGCUAUUGAGUGGGGAUGGGAGCUCUUGACUAAGGUUUAUGGACUACCAACUGAUCGAAUUUAUGCUACCUAUUUUGGCGGGGAUGAGAAAGCUGGCCUUCAACCUGAUAAUGAGGCUCGAGAUAUAUGGCUGCAGUUUCUUCCACCUGGACGUGUGCUGCCUUUUGGUUGCAAAGACAACUUCUGGGAAAUGGGAGACACCGGUCCGUGUGGACCCUGUACUGAGAUACACUAUGAUCGUGUUGGCAACCGUGAUGCUGCAUCAUUAGUUAAUAAUGACGAUCCAACAUGUUUGGAAAUUUGGAAUCUUGUGUUUAUUCAGUUCAACAGAGAGAGUGAUGGCUCACUAAAACCUCUCCCUGCUAAGCAUGUCGAUACAGGAAUGGGUUUUGAGAGAUUAACUUCUGUUCUUCAGAACAAAAUGAGCAACUACGAUACAGAUGUGUUCAUGCCUAUCUUUCAUGACAUCCAGAAGGCCACAGGAGCUAGGCCAUAUUCUGGCAAAGUUGGUGCGGAAGAUGUCGACAGAGUUGACAUGGCUUAUAGAGUGGUUGCGGAUCAUAUUAGGACGCUGUCAUUUGCUAUCGCUGAUGGAUCUCGUCCUGGUAAUGAGGGCCGUGAGUAUGUUCUGAGGCGUAUUCUUCGCAGAGCAGUUCGCUAUGGAAAGGAAAUCCUUAAAGCUGAAGAAGGGUUUUUCAACGGAUUAGUCAGUUCUGUUAUUCGAGUUAUGGGUGAUACCUUUACAGAAUUGAAAGAACAUGAAAAAAAGAUCACAGAGAUAAUAAAAGAAGAGGAAGCAAGCUUUUGCAAGACCUUGGCGAAGGGAAUUGAGAAAUUUCAGAAAGCUGGACAGGCAGUUCAGGGGAAUACACUGAGUGGAGAGGAUGCUUUUGUCUUAUGGGAUACUUUUGGGUUCCCAUUAGACCUUACUCAGUUGAUGGCUGAAGAAAGAGGGUUGCUGGUUGAUGUUGAUGGUUUCAACAAAGCCAUGGAAGAGGCGAGGGAAAGAUCUAGAAGUGCCCAGAAUAAGCAAGCUGGUGGCUCCAUUGUUAUGGAUGCUGAUGCUACAUCGAAAUUGCACAAGGCUGGUGUGUUAGCAACAGAUGAUUCUUUCAAAUACAUUUGGUUCAAGGAUCACGAGAGUGAAGUAAAAGCUAUCUACACUGGCUCUGCUUUUCUGGAAAGUUCAACUGCUGGCGAUAAUGUGGGACUGGUAUUGACGUCUUCUAGUUUCUAUGCUGAGCAGGGUGGUCAGAUUUUCGACACGGGACUUAUUGAAGGCUCGUUUGGUACAUUCAACGUAUGUAAUGUCCAAAUAUUUGGAGGCUUUGUUCUUCAUAUUGGUUAUCUCUCUAAAAAAACUGGAGUGGUAUCUGUGGGGGAUACAGUGACUUGCAAGGUUGAUUAUGAGAGACGUAAACUCAUCGCUCCUAAUCAUACUUGUACGCAUAUGUUAAAUUUCGCCCUGAAGGAAGUGCUCGGGGAUCAUAUAGAUCAGAAGGGAUCAAUAGUUCUUCCUGAAAAACUGCGUUUUGAUUUUUCCCACGGCAAGCCGGUUGAUCCUGAAGAUUUGAGAAAGAUCGAAGCCAUAGUUAAUAAACAGAUCAAAGAUGAAUUGGAAGUAUUUUCUAAGGAAUCAGUACUUUCUGAAGCCAAGCGAAUCAAAGGUCUAAGAGCAGUGUUUGGUGAAGUCUAUCCUGAUCCUGUCAGAGUAGUGUCCAUUGGGAGACGGGUCGAGGACCUCUUGGCUGAUCCUGAAAACGAUGAGUGGUCAUCAUUUUCUUCUGAGUUUUGUGGAGGAACACACAUAACAAACACCCGUGAAGCCAAAGCGUUUGCUCUUCUAUCCGAGGAGGGAAUUGCGAAAGGUAUUCGUAGGGUAACUGCUGUGACUACCGAAUGUGCUUUUGAUGCAUUGAACGUGGCGUCCUCACUUGAAAAAGAAGUUGAGGAUGCAUCCAAAGCGGAGGGGAGUGCAUUGGAAAAGAAAGUUGCUGCUCUGAAAAGCCGGGUAGACUCAGCAAUUAUGCCAGCGGCCAAAAAGGCAGAUAUAAGGGCCAAGAUUGCUCUGCUUCAGAAUGAAGUGAGGAAAGCUCAAAAGAAAAUAGCAGAGCAGAACCUGAAGAUAUCAGUGAAAGUAGCAACAGAGGCGGCAGAGUCUGCAGCAUCAGAUGGGAAGACAUUCUGCAUCAUCCAGCUUGAUGUAGGUCUUGAUGCAGCUGCCGUGCGAGAAGCUGUAUCGAAAGUUAUGGAAAAGAAGGGAAUGUCGAUAAUGGUGUUCAGCACAGAUGAAACGACCAACAAGGCGGUUGUGUGUGCAGGAGUUCCAGCCAAAUCUGAUAAAUUCAAGCAAUUAGACGUUACUGAGUGGCUUACUACUGCACUGGGUCCUCUGAAAGGGAGAUGCGGGAAAGGGAAAAGUGGUCUUGCAUCUGGACAGGGAACGGAUGCCUCUCAAGUGAACGCAGCUUUGGAUCUGGCUGCAUCAUUUGCAUCACUGAAACUCAACUGAUUGAUAUGGAGGUGAUUACAGAAUCUGUGGUCUGAACAACAACCUCUACUCAUUUGAUACCAUUGUAAACCGUUUUACUCAUUUUAAGAUCUAUUGUUCUCAUUUCUUCUGUUGAAUUCGUGUGGUACUUUUUCAGUCAAAGUUAGCAAUUGGUGGUACCUCUUUUCAGCCAAUCCGGUUAUGGUUCUACUGGUUUGGUUUUAUAUUUCAAUAAUGUAUGGAACAUAAAAAUUUUACUCGUUUUUUGGGUUUGAUAUGGUUUCAGUUCA